GUGAUUCACAUCCGAAAGGAUUAGAAAUUGGCCAAAUCGCAGCACACUAUCAAGAUAAAGCCGAUUGUUUGAUAAUAAUGGGAACUUCUUUAAGAAUUCCUAGAGCAAAAGCUUUUAUAAAAGAUUUCGCUAAAGCAGUUCAUGAACGUAAUGGUUACAUGAUAUUGGUGAAUGCUACGAAUGUGGUUACUAAAGAAUGGAAUGGGAUCAUUGACUAUCAAAUAGAAGGUACCUACGAUGUGUGGGUUGGAUUUGUUGGCAUAGAAUUAUCAAAUGUCAAAUUUAAUGUCAAAACUACGACAAAAAGUUUUUCUCAGAGAAUAUACGAUUAUUUUACUGGUUCUAAAGCCAAGGUUAAUAAACUUCCAAGGCUUCCAGAUUCAUUCAUUCUUUAUAGGCGUAAGAAACAACCAGAUAUAAUGGCUAAAAAUUCAGGCAUUUCUAAUAACGAAUUAUCGUUUCUGAUGAUCGACACGCCUGCAUUUUCUUCAAUAUCGGCUGACGGUGAAAAUCCCAUAAUGAACAGACACAAUCAAAAUAUUCAACAACAAAGAGUUUUACAAACCAAUUUGAAGAUUCCACAAAACACGGCAGCGCCGUGCGUGGUCGUAGUCAAUAAACUAGUUUCAACAGUAGGUUGUAAUAUAAAUUCUACUACCACACCAUCCAACGUUCGGUCUCCUCAAUUAGCAUCGGUACGCGCUGCGGCGCCUAUUCCGCGAGGUGGAACAAUUAUUAAAUUUGAGAAGCCUCGAAGACCUCCAAGACCUCCAAAUGCCUUCAUUUUAUAUCGUCGCUCUAAACAACCGGAUAUAGUUGCCGCAAACAAAGGAAUAUCAAAUAAAGAAGUGUCCAUAUUGCUCGGGAAAAUGUGGCACAAAGAAUCCCUCGAAGAGAAAACGAAGUUUCAAUGUCAAGCCGAAGCGGAAAAAUUGGAACAUAUGAAAAAAUACCCAGGAUACAAAUUUCACCCUAGGAGGCCUCAUGAGAUAUGCCGCCGCACAAAGAAAUUAAGCGUUAUCACGGGCAAUAAUGGCACAACGAAUGCUGUGAAAAACUCUGUUAAAAAAGAAUGUAACACUCUUAAUUCCGUAACUAAUAGCGAAAUUUCAAAUAAUUCUAUGUAUUUUGAUACUGUAAACAUCGCUGAUUAUGAUAUUGAUUAUGAUAAUGUUUCUCCGAUGGUAAUAUCUCCGUAUUUCUUCGAUUUAUCAAAUAACGAAUCUUGUGACUAUUUGCAAUUUAACAACCCUUCUGAUUAUUUGCAAUCUUUUGAUUAUUUGUAA